CAAACCCCGGAAAGUUAACCUGUUGAUGUUCGGUGGCUGUCCGUGGAACUGGUAGUUACCACAGUGAGACUGCAUCUAUGAACUAAGCAGGGCCAGAAAAAAGUUUUAAUUGACAGGUUAUAAAAAAUGCUUAGCCGCGUAAUACGGAUGUUUUUACGGAGUUAAUUUUCUGAACGUGCUUACUACCGGAGAGUGCGCAUCAAGUCUAACCAGGUGUCGUGUUUAGAUCUCACCCAACACUAUGUUUAUAAGCCCAGAGGAGGAGGCCCUGAUUGGUCGAGUGUUUGAAAACUAUCUGACCGAGCAUCAUCAUGGUGACAUUCUUCAGCUCAGUACUGAUGUAAAUGAAGACACUCAUCGCUCUGUUGUGGUUAAUGCCAUGACACUUUUUGAAGCCAAUAUGGAGGUUGGGGAUUAUUUCAAUGCAUAUCCAAAAGAUGUGUUGGCUAUAUUUGAUAAAGUAUUACAGAAAAAAGCUUCAGAGUUAACAGAUGAGGCUUUUCUCAAGGACAAAGGACAGGGAGCAGGUCAGAGAAGCCUGAGGCAGACAUAUCACACCCGCAUCACAGGUCUGCCAGUGUGUCCAGAACUAACCAGACAUACCAUUCCAAAAUCCAGAGAUGUGGGUCACUUUUUGUCUGUUACUGGUACGGUCAUACGUGCCAGUGUGGCUAAGGUUCUGGAGUAUGAACGUGAUUAUAUGUGCACAAAGUGCCGACAUGUUUUCAAGGUGCAGGCUGAUUUUGACCAGUUCUACACCUUCGUCCAGCCGGUGGGCUGCCCAAAUCCUGCUGCCUGUAAUUCCUUUAAAUUCAGCUGUUUGUCUGGAGGGUCGGAGCCUGCUGCCUGCAGGGACUACCAGGAAAUUAAGAUACAAGAGCAAAUUCAGAGGCUGUCGGUGGGCAGUAUUCCUCGUUCAUUAGUGGUAUUGCUGGAGGAUGACCUGGUUGACAGCUGUAAAUCAGGUGAUGACAUAACGGUUUAUGGUGUCAUGUAUCUUCGCUGGAAGCCCCUUUAUGAUGGUUCCCCUUGUGAUGUGGAGUUGGUCCUCAGAGCUAACAACAUAGAAGCAAAUAAUCAGCAGGCUGCUGCUGCUCUGAUGGUAAAAGACGUUCAGAAAGAAUUUGAAGAGUUCUGGGACAGCUACAAACAGAAUCCACUGGCUGGUAGGAAUGAGAUCUUGUUAAGCCUGUGUCCGCAGGUAUUUGGCAUGUAUGUAAUUAAGCUGGCUGUGACGAUGGUGCUGGCGGGUGGAGUCCAGAGAAUAGACUCUUCUGGGACCAAAGUUAGAGGAGAAUGCCAUUUGUUGCUGGUUGGUGAUCCUGGUACAGGAAAAUCUCAAUUUCUGAAAUAUGCAGCCAAGAUAAUAUCCCGAUCUGUACUAACAGCUGGAAUUGGAUCAACCAGUGCAGGUCUGACGGUGGCUGCAGUAAAGGAUGGAGGUGACUGGCACCUGGAAGCUGGAGCGUUGGUCCUGUCUGAUGGUGGUUUGUGCUGCAUUGAUGAAUUCAGCAGCAUCAAAGAACAUGAUCGAAUCAGCAUUCAUGAAGCGAUGGAGCAGCAGUCAAUCAGCGUAGCCAAAGCUGGAAUUGUGUGCAAACUGAAUACUCGAACCACAAUUUUGGCAGCUACCAACCCCAAAGGACAGUACGAUCCCAGUCAGCCUCUCUCUGUGAACGUGGCUCUGGCCAGUCCUUUGCUCAGCCGGUUCGACCUGGUUUUGGUUCUGCUGGACACCAGAAACGUUGAAUGGGACCGUAUCAUCUCUUCUUUUAUUCUUGAGGACCGAGGAACUCCAUCUGAUGCCAGUGGGCUCUGGUCCAUGGAGAAAAUGAAAACUUAUUUCAGUGUGAUUAAACAGCUGCAGCCUCAGGUAUCCGAAGAGGCCAACUGCAUCCUGACUCGUUAUUACCAGCUGCAGCGUCAACGAGAUGGUCACAGUGCCGCCCGAACAACUAUCCGCAUGCUGGAGAGUCUGAGCAGACUUGCUGAAGCACAUGCCCGGCUCAUGUACAGAGAGACUGUUACUGUUGAAGAUGCCGUUACAGCCGUGUCAGUCAUGGAGUGCUCCAUGCAGGGUGGUGCUUUGCUGGGAAAUGUAAACGCGUUGCUAACAACGUUCCCCACCGACCCCCUCCAGCAGUAUCAAACCCAGUGUCAGAUGCUCCUGGAGGGACUGAACCUGCCUGAGCUUCUUCAAAGUGAGAUGGAGCGGCUGGCCGGGCUAAGGAGCAAAACCCCAGAGACUGGUAUGGGUGACCCGUCUCUUUCUACAGACCAGCAUCAACUACCUGGUUCAGACUCUGAAACAGUGAAGAGUUGUUUGGACCGGCUUCCUGCCACGAGUCCCUCACUGUCCCCAAAUGAUGUCAUCGUACCCCUCAUUACAUCAACCCAAGAAAAAAUAAAUACUUCACCAAACAAUAGCUGGUCAGUAUCAUCAGCACUAAGAGCAGAGCAAAGCGGAGUUGUGGAAAAAGAACAGAGACGCCUGCCUAAGAAGAACAAUAAUGUUUUGAUAAAUGAAAAGAAGGUGGCUGAAGAUGGAAAAUUGACAGACCUGCACACAAAACUAUCAGCUUUUAUUUUCAAACCCAGAGAUAGGAAACAACCUGACCACAGUGGUAAUGAAACAGAAACAUUAAGAGAAAAAAGGAUAAAUACGCAGACAUCAGCUAGACACGAUGACUUGUCUAGCCAAAUGCCACAAGCAAAGAAAAAGAAACGAAUGGAAAAGCUAAAUAAUGGACAAUCACAACACUGCACAACCAAACCUACAGCAGCUCAGACUAACCUGGAAAGAGUUCCUCAUGAAACAGAAUCUUCUAAGUUCGAACUAAAGCAGUCGGACCUUACUUAUGUUCCAAACCAACAUGCAAAACCUGCAAGCAACAAUGAGGUGAACAUGGGGAAAAGGAAGUGCUUUAAUCUGGGCCCGCCACAAAGUGAUUUUGGAUCUAAGCCGUUCCUUUCGGGUUUGUCUUUCUCUGGUCUUACUGACUUUUCUACCGAUGUCCUUGACACUGACUGGGACCAGGAAGUUUCAAAAACCACCAAAGCCUAAGGUCAAAGAAUAUCUGCAUAAAUAGUAUAGUGAGGAACUGAAUUUAAUUAUUUGUCUUAAAAACUUCUUGGUUCAAAAACUCUUAAAAGAGGAAUUGUACAUGUUUUGUUUUUUUGUAUUUAAAAUUUUGAGCAGAGGCUGAUCAGUCGCCUUCAUAUGAGAAAGUGUCUAUAAAAAAUAAUGAAUAAGAAAAAAAAAUGUUUUUCUAGUGAACUUUCUUAUUGGAUUUCUGCUUUUGACUGAUGAGGAAGUAAAAUGUUGCUUAACAAAGUUGCUCUAAUCAAAUAUAAAAAUUGGGAAACAAUGUGGUUUGGACAGCCUUUGAUUUUAAUUUACACAUUUUAAUUUUUCAUAACACCAAUAAAGAUGUGAAAGUCA